AUGUCCAAUAUAGCGUCUGGAUUCCGUGCUACAGGUAUCUGGCCUUACAAUCCAAAUAUUGUUCUAGAUAGUCUUAUGUUACCGGAGCCUAUUCUUGAUAGUCAACCUGUUCCGUCACCACCACUUCUACCCGCAUCCCAAACACCUCAGGCUCAUGAAAUGCUUACCUACCAACCCAGAACUCCAACUACACCUCGUUCAAUUCACCAUCUCUAUGUGGAGUGUCUUACGACAAUCACUAGCAGCAGUCCUAGAUCUGUGAAGCAGCGAGCACUGUUCACAAAGCUGAAAAUGGGCGCCGAGAAAUGCUCGGUAGGAGCGGCAAUGCAUGAAGCGGGUGAGGAGCAUUUGAGGAAGGAAAUCAAGCAAUUGACAGAUAAAGCGAGGCAUGACACCCGGCGCCUCAAACUGAACUCUAGUUAG